AUGGUUAUCAUUAGCCAAGAUGAUGUGGCUGCAUUUGUAUCAGAUUUUCAACACACCAUAGAUCUUCAACACACCACAGACCUUCAACACACAGACCUUCAACACAUCAGAGACCUACAACACACCACAGACUUGCAACAGACUACAGACCAUCAACACCAAGUCCUUCAACACACCACAGGCGUUCAACAAACCACAGACCUUCGACACACCAUAGACCUUCAACACAAUAUAGACCUUCAACUUACCACAGAGCUUCAACACACCAGACUUUCAAUAAAGCACAGACCUUCAACACACCACAGACCUUCAGUACACCACAGUCCUUCACUACCCCUCAGACAUUCAUACACCAGAGACCUUCUCCACAAACCUUCAACACACCAGAGACCUUCACCACAAACCAUCAACACACCACAGACAUUCAACACACCACAGACAUUCAACACACCGCAGACCUUCAAUGCACCACAGACCUUCAACAUACCACAGACCUUUAGUGCACCAAAGAUCUUCAACACACCACACAUCUUCAACACACCACAGAUCUUCAACACACCACAGGCCUUCAACACACCACAGAUCUUCAACACACCACAGACCUUCAACAUACCACAGACCUUUAGUGCACCAAAGAUCUUCAACACACCACAGAUCUUCAACACACCACAGACCUUCAACGUACCACAGACCUUUAGUGCACCAAAGAUCUUCAACACACCACAGACCUUCAACACACCACAGACCUUCAACAUAACACAGACCUUUAGUGCACCAAAGAUCUUCAACACACCACAGACCUUCAACACACCACAGAUCUUCAACACACCACAGACCUUCAACACACCACAGACCUUCAACACACCACAGAACUUUAGUGCACCAAAGAUCUUCAACACACCACAGACCUUCAACACACCACAGAUCUUCAACGCACCACAGACCUUCAGUAGACAUGCACCAUAUUUUAACAAUGUUUCCACUAUUUUGGGAUAUCACUCAAGCUAUAGUUCAGAUACCACGGAAAAGGUGUUCCAGCGAGAGUUUUUGAAGCUGAAUGAUGAUUGCAAAAAGUGUGAGAUCUGCUGCUGCAAGUACUCAGAAUAA